AUGACGGACUAUGAACCGCUGGACUGGCCAGCAUACUUCCAAUCCAAGCGUCGAUACGCUAUCCCUCCCCAAAAAGACCCAACAAACAUCGUCUACACUCUCUACGAGUCCAACGCCGGUCGAAAGCACCUCCCCGUCAUCGUCCUCAUCCAUGGCGCCGGACACUGUGCUCGUUCCUUUGCCCUCGUUGCCCAGGCUCUCCAUGCGUCUCCCAAUUUGAGUUUGCAUGCUCGGAUCCUCUGUCCUGAUCUUCGUGGCCAUGGAGAGACGACAUCAGACGACCAGACGAACCUAGAUCUCGAAAACCUCGCCCAGGACCUCGAAACCCUCCUCUUAUCCCUCUACGGCGAUAACGACGGUCGGUACCUCGACAAGACCGGCAAAGAAAUCGGCCGAGGUCCACCUAAUAUCCAUUUGAUUGGUCAUAGCAUGGGCGGGUCGAUCGUUACAGAGGUCGCUUACCGGAACCGGGUUCCGAAUAUCUCGAGUCUUUUUGUCCUUGAUAUGGCUGAAGUCGAGUCAGGCACAGUUCGUAACGCCCUCUCCGCCCGCAUCUCUUUCCCAGGCAUGAUCGUCUACAAUCCCACCGCCCUCAUCCCUGCCACCAACCCCACCCAUAACCCCAACAACCCACCCGAACCAACAAUGGGCGGCUUCACCUGGCGAACAGACCUUCUUGCUUCCGAACACCACUGUCUCUCCUGGUUCCGCAACCAGAAUCACAAAUUCCUCUCUUCCGUCCUCAACCCCACCCCCAACAACAACCCCCAAAAGAUACCUAAAAUGCUAAUCUUUGCCGAACAUUCAAGAAGACUCGAUACAGAACUGAGUUCGGCCCGUUUGGAAGGGAGGUUUGAAUUCUUGAGGAUCUUGCAGGCGGGACAUGCGGUCCAAGAGGAUGACCCCGAAGCGGUGACAAAUGCAUUGAUCCAGUAUUGGCAGGAACUUGGUGUCUGCUUUAAACCUCUCCCCAAACACCAGGAACCCUUAUUGGAUGUUUGA